AUCGAAUCGACGUCCAAAUAAAUGUUCCGAACACAUCGCCGAAUUCGCUUGUUUAUUUCGUUGUGGGCGAGCAACAUCGCGACUUCUCCAUUUGCAACAGCCAAAGCCAACAAAAGAAUCAUCGACCAUGAGAUCUCAAGCAACAUUGGUAGUCUUUCUGAUUCCCUUACUACUAGGGUUCUUGAUACAGGAAGCCUUGGCAGAGGAUCCUGCAGCUGCAACAACGUCGACAGAACAACACGACAGUAAGCAUCAUUCUCUCCUGCGAGGGCAAGAAGAAAUCGAGAACCAAAUAAGAUCACCGCAACAACCAGCAUCGUCACUACGAGUGCCUGAAAAACAGAGACGACGCAAGACUGCUGACAGUGGCAACGAACCGAAUUGGUCAGACUUUACAUCCUGGACAUUUCCAGAACCAGAGCAACCGGAACCAGAGACGGAAGAAGAACCAGAGACAGAAGAAGAAGCGCCAGAGACAACCACAGUGGCCAUAGCGCGCGAAGAGACCGUUCCUACCGAAGAGGAUUUUAGUGAUUUCACCACCUGGAUUGCACCACCGACAGAAGAUCGGGAAGACAAUCAGGAAGACGGUGCCGGCCAAGUGAUCGUUAUAACACCGCAAGACUUCAACAACAACGACAACAGCGAUGCAGAAGACACGGAACCGGACGAAUCGGAAGGAGACCUAGAUGGAAUUGACAAUACACUCGAAAGUGUUACCAGUUUCAUUACUGAUACUCUUUUUCCAGCUGUGGAAGGAGUUGUCAAGAGUGAUCUUUUUUGUCAAUUCUCCGGAAUCUGUUGGACCAACAUUACAACAACUCCACCACCCACACCCGCCAGUGCAUCAGCCUUCACGCCGUGGCCCACACCUGCAGCAACAAGUGCGUCGGCCUUCACACCCUGGCCCACCGUCGCCCGACCGAGUCCUGCGCCGACACCAGCUCCAACGUUUGCGUCUACUCCUUCUAAUUGGGUCGAAGCUCCAUUUUACUACAAAAUGUGGUUUUGGAAGUUUGGACAAAUUUGGGAAGCCCAACCCUGGAUAAACACAGCUUCUCAGGUGGUCUUUUGUGAAGCGUUUGGAUUGUGUUAUGAUCCCCCCCAGGAUGUUGCAAAGACGAUCCCAGACGACAUAAACGAUCCUUACUACCUAAAUGCGCUAUGCAUCACAACUGGCAUUUGUUUCUCGGAUCCACCGAGCGAAGCGCCUUCCGAAAUGCCAACCAUCUCGCCAAGUAUGGGCCCCUCAAAAAGUCCCUCCGAAGGUCCCACAAAUCUCCCUUCAGUGACGCCCACUCUUGGUCCCACGAAUGCCCCAUCUGUUUCCCCAACGAAUAAUCCCACCAAUACCCCAUCGUUCACUCCAACAGAUAUUCCCUCAAUUUUGCCCAGCCCUGGGCCCACAACGACACCAUCUUGCUCUCCAAGCCAACUUCCCUCCAAUGCCCCCACCACAGAACCUUCGUUCCAGCCGUCUGUUUCCCAAUUGCCCACAUCAUUUCCAUCUUCGGGACCCUCUUUGAGACCUUCGAUUUCUCGUAGUCCUACACAAAAUCCUACUCGCAUACCGUCCGUCUCUCCCUCAACGAUUCCAUCGGAAAUCCCAACGCAACCCAAAGUGACUUUAUUCGGUGAGCGACCACCAAAUCAACCAUUGCAUUGCCGUUUCUUCAUUUCUUGCUAGCAGUAGAUAGUACGUUUGAAUGGUUGGCAUAUACAAGCAGAAGCAUUCUUCAACGAUGGAGCUGGAAAGACAAGGGAGAUAUUCCGAGAUGGCCAGCUAGGCGGAAGGCUCUAGGCAGGGUGUUGUGGUGGCCCUUUGUAGGUGUGCGAUGCUGUGAUGAUGUACUGGACUUGAAUAGCGGUAUACGGUAGGGUCGACCUGGGAACAAUUUCACCAUAAAGCUUGUUAUCCUGAUGCACCAUACCAAUACGGUAGACACCAAGAUGGCAGGGGUAGAGAGACAGAGAUCCUGACCCUUCAGUCUUCACUACGCUCUUUUGAGAUGGGCAGCUUCGAGCGCUGACAGACUGAAACUCGCGUGCAUGACAUUGCCAAAGAAAGCAGCACAUGUAGAGCUCUAGCUAGUGAAUUUACCGGCAACAUGAGUUCUCUAAAAAGUUUAAUUAUAGUAAGUGAUAUAUGAUACGUAAAUAUGAAGUAAAUAACAUGCAAAUAUCGAAGGCAUACAGCCGCAAACAUCC